AUGGAGGUGCUCGAAGAGGGAAACUUAAUGGACCGAGUGCCCAUUUUACUGCAGCGCGAUCUCGAGUUUUACCAGACACAUCAGCGGGUGCUCCAGGAACCAAUUUGCUCCGGAGUUGUGGGUGGAAAGCUGGAUUUUCCGCGUUACGCCUCCUUUGCGGCCAUUAAAUUAAUAAGAUGGUGGGAAGAUGAGUACUUUGCCUCGUACCGCAAGCCAUCUGGACUUUUGCACACAGAAAAGGAGAUGAACGAAGGAGAUUUUUCUAGUGUCACCGUGAAGACCUCCGAUCCGGAUAAGUUCGUGCAGCUGGUCACGAAGUCGGCUGACUUGCUGUUGGAGCACAUACAUCGCCUCUCCCAGGAGUCCUUGGAUCACGCCGACCUGUCUGUCCUCACAGCCACCAUUGGGGCAGCAUCGCUGGUCAAGAACUCGUUGAGUGUCUAUAUGCAGGCAGCUACCACUACCAUAUGUCCACCCAAGGGCGACGAAAAGGGUGGAGCACUCAAGCUCAGUUUCAAGCAGUAUUCCCAGAUGUCAGAGGCUCUGGCCGAACGACUUCUGGAUCUCCAUUGCCGGCUCCUUUUACUUUACAUAAUGCAGGAUGCCGACUGUCUGCACUGGGAGGAUACCCAACCGUUUUUCGAGUCCGAAAGGGGCUCCUAUACCGUCCAGAUGUGGUGGCAUUACAUGAGGGGUUCGCAAACCGAUCUGUGGAAUUCAGUGCCACCGAAAAUGGCCCAAAAGAUAUUCGCUGGCAUGUUGAACGAAACGCUGAGCGUCCUCACUGUCCGAUACACUCAGAUAGUAACCAGUGUGGCAAGAUCGACGCUCCAUCUGGUGGAUAUAUGCAACAUGUUGCUCUGCAUCGCCGAACUGUUGCCCCACAUCUGCGAGAGCGGCGAGGCCUAUGUGGGACUUCAGCUCAGUAACCAGAGCGUUAUCAUAAGGGACGUCCACGCCAAGUGCAAGGAGCUCUUCUACUGCCUUCUCCUGAGAGGAUCGCCAUUGGGAGUGCUCUCCAAGGUUUUUCGCAAGGGAUUGGACAACAUGGAAAUGUUUAGUUCCCGUCACGGAUUGCCCAGUGCCUGGAUCAUCUUCGCCCUUCCCAGAUACUUUCCCAAGGAGCAGUCCUGUCAGUGGGUCACCGAAUUCUCCGAUCUCUCUACCAACACAGCUAUUUCUUUGGAUUUGAGGGUUCUACUCGCUUUUCCCGAGGCAGAUUGGUCCUAUCUCUUAAAGAUUCUACUGAUGAGAGAUGCCUAUCUUACUGGCAUUAUAAUGCGCCACCUGAUGCAGUACUUGCCCUCAUCGGAGAACUUCAAAAAUGUGGCAAAGAUAUCGUUUACCAGUGCUGAGGGUGCCCCUCAAAAGUGCGAGGCAUUUUUGUGUCGAGGAGAGUGCUUCAAUGUCACAGAUUCUAUAGCUGGGGAUAUUGAUCCAGUUGGCCAGUCAAACUACCAGAUCGUCCUAUCUCUCACCUAUUUGGUGGUAGCUGUUGGCAAGGCAGUAGACAUCAAGUCCUGCUUGAUCAAAACACUGGAGGAACACGCAAUUGCAGGAUGGAGUGAUUGCCUGGACAAGCGACAGGUGUGGAACCAGAAGCGAACACCCUGGUUAGAAGCCAUCAUGCACUUCGUGUACCCUGUUUUGGAUUGUGUGGUGGAUAUGUUGGUGAAUGCCGUGGAGAAUGGAGCCAGUAUGUAUCAGGCCAUGUCCUUGGCCCUAACGUGUGUCUCUGAGAUCUGGGAUUGUCUGCCCGAGGGGCUGUACAAAAUCGCCUCCUUGCUGCAGGACAUCAUUCCAGUAUCGACCAGGCCGUUGGGAGAUUCAGUGCUGUUGCAGGUGGUUUUUGCGGCACUCUAUACAGAACUGAUCAAAACAGCAGAGAUGUAUGAGCAGGCUAAAGACCUGGACAAGGCUGCCAUCUGUUACUCCAUAUCGGAGGCCAUCUGCUCCAUUGACGAGGAUGACAAGCACACGGAUCAGAUCGAGCUAUUUCUUAAACAGGCCAAGGAGAGUAUCAACUUGGACACGGACUUCGGUGGAACUGCAGGCAGCAAUAACCGAGGCGCUGGUGGAAUGAGUGCCGUGAGUACCAUCAAAAUGGACGACCUGGCCCUGACCAACGCGGAGUCCGAUCGCCUGAGCCACAGUCCACCCAACAACUAUGCCAUGGAACUGGAUGUGGGAAUCGCUGAUUACAUAGCAGAAGUCCUGGUCAGCGAUGUUUUGACCACAAAUAUCGGGAAACAGGCCCUGAAAGUGGUGUACAACUAUUUGAAGUUCAACAAGGACUGGCUGCUCGAGCAACUGGGAACGGGUGACAAUGACCCCAGUCCUUUCCAGGGCAUCCAGGGCCAGAAUAUCAAGGAGGCCAAGACUUCGGUGCUGAGGUCCAUGUUCUUCAUUGGGAACACCCCCUUCGACCAACUGCUAACGGGCUCUUUGAAAAUCGACUACGUCAGUUGGUUGCAGAUGCCGCUGUCCUUGAAUCCGGAACGGACCUGGCUGCACUUAACCAGACGCUGCGAUUUCCAGGAGGAUGCCAAGCUGUCACUGCCCGAGGUGGCCAUGGUGGCCGGGAUUACCAAGAUAAUGAAGCGGCGCAAGGAGUUUCCCAAGUGA